CUUUCAAGUCUAGUAAAGGAAUGGGAGUUGAAAAACGGAAAGUUAUUAACUUUCCCAAAAGCUGAAGCAUAUUUUCGUUCCUCUCUUGCUUUCAUUAAAUAUACAUAGAUUCCAGAAUAGGUUGACUAAUGAUUAGAGCAGGGUACCAUCCCAUCUCUUUUUCAGAAGAACGUGACACCGUCUUUUCAUUUCACUUCAAGCACUUCCUCACUGUUCCAACCAAAAGUGGCACAAAUCUCAGCUCCUUUUUGUAAUGAUUUCAUCAUUGCCACUGUCAACAGCAAUUUAAUAAACACCCAAUUUAGCUAAGUACUGAACUGGAUGCUGUAAUAGCUACACACACAAAAAGAACAUGAACCAAACAGUCUUGAGGCACAAAUUGACAGGCCUAAUACAUAUUUAUCUAUUCACUGACUGAUCCUGUAUGAUCUCCUAGGUCCCUCUGAACUCUAAAUUUAUAGAAAUCUAUUCUGAGAGCACUCAAAUAAAAUAAUCUGUAGGGAGUAAAAAGGACUUCUGGCUUAGAGUCAAGGGGAUCAAGACGAUUAAGUCCUGCAGAAUUCCGUAAAAAUAAAUAGUAAGUUCUCCAAAGACUGUCCAACUUCAUUUUCGAGCAAAAGGGAAUAAUGAACUCCCACUUGAGAGUUAAGAAACACUGACUUGAAGUGAGCAAGUCCAGGUGUGGUUCUGGAAGGAAGCCACGUUACUAUGGCAACUUCGAAUCGCCAUUUUAGGUCUCGCGGCCUCCCGCCCUCCCGUCACUUCCGGUGUCACCUGUGUGGUUACAGGGAGCCGUAAACAAGGUGUGCAAACUUCUGGAGAGCUGUCGGAAUGCUGCAGAGCGGGGCGGCUGGAGGCCGUGGCUGUGCUCUGUGCCCACUGCUGGGCGUCCUAUUCUUCCAGGGUGUUUACAUCGUCCUUUCCCUGGAGAUUAAAGCAGAUGCCCAUGUCCGGGGUUAUGUUGGAGAAAAUAUCAAGUUGAAAUGCACCUUCAAGUCAACCUCAUCUAUCACUGACAAACUCACCAUAGACUGGACAUAUCGAUCGCCAAGCAGCAGUCGCACAGAAUCAAUUUUUCAUUAUCAGUCUUUCCAGUACCCAACCACAGUGGGCACAUUUCGGGAUCGAAUUUCCUGGGUUGGAGAUGUAAACAAAGGGGAUGCGUCCAUAAGCAUAAUCAACCCUACCAUGAAGGACAAUGGGACCUUCAGCUGUGCUGUGAAGAAUCCCCCGGAUGUGUACCAUAAUAUUCCAGGGACAGAGCUAACAGUCACAGAAAGGGGUUUUGGCACGAUGCUCUCUUCCGUGGCCCUUCUUUCCAUUCUUGUCUUCAUUCCCUCAGCUGUGGUGGGUGUGUUGCUGCUGGUGAGAAUGGGGAGGAAGUCCGCGGGGCUGAAGAAGAGGAGCAAGUCUGGCUCUAAGAAGUCAUCUAUUGAGGUUUCAGCUGACACUGACCAGGAGAAGAAUGACUGCAUGGCAAAGCUUUGUGUCCGUUGUGCCGAGUGCCUGGAUUCGGACUAUGAAGAGACAUAUUGAUGAAAGUCUGUAUGAUAGAAGAAGAGUCACCUAAUAACAGAAAAUAUCCCAUUCCACUGGCAGCUAAAGCCUCCCAGAGAAGUGGAGCUGGCUUGGACAGUAGUGUUGGAGAAUUCUGGAAGCCAUCAGUGAAGACUUUAGGAGCCAUUUAUUUAUUGAAGAAAUGUUCUUUUUGUAUUUAUAAACUGUUCAAAAACUCUCAGAAGAAACUCAUAACUACCCCUUUUAAUAACUUAUACUCUAAUUGAAUGAAGGAAUUCUUUUCCUAAAUAGAAAGAUACUUUUUGUUUUGCCUUUGCUCUUGAAUGUAUUACAUGUUUUCUUCAAUUUUUUGAGAGAGAAUCCUAGAUGUUGACCACACUGCUGAUGCCAAAAUAUAUACAUAUAUUUAAUGAAAUGGAGCUUGGAGCUUCCUGAUGUGCUCCCAGGCAAAAUGUUUGUCUGGGAUAGCUAUUCUUUGUUUUUUGCUCCAUGAACAUUUUCAGCUGUGAGUUAGCAUACAGCAUAUACUCGUUGGUUUAAUUAUUUCAUCAUCAAUUGUGUUUGGGAGGCUUGGAGUGCAUAACCCCAGUUUUUUUUUUAGAGUUGGUAGGCUCGGAAGUCAGUGAUUUACUUUGACUGGGUUUUUUAAGUGUUAAGGUGCAUUCAGUUUACAAUUAAGGAAAGAAAUGAUGAGAUAGAGGGAUUCCUUUCUUUUGUCUUACUAGGUGCAAUUUGUUAUUUUACUUUCUUACAGCUGACUGAUUUAUGAUUUCCUUCUUGGCUUUUCAGAUCAGAGGCAAGAAAAACUCUUCAAAAGGUUUUUAGCGGGGCUAAGUAGACUAUUUUACCAGUAAUUUGCAAUGAAAUCAUCUUUUAACCUAUGCUGUUCUUCAAAAGUUGUUUGAUUUCUAAAAUGCGGAAAAUAUGAGCAAACUAAUGUAUUUAAAAACUGUUUCGCAUAAUAUUUGAGAUAAGGAAGUGAGGGUGUGAAUAACCUAUACUUCCUCCUUCUGUUCUCUUGAUACCUUCUAUUAGCUUCCUCCAUUCUACUGCAGCAACAUAUUUCAAAUUUUAAUUUACAUGGGAUUUUCUAUAAGCCAUUAAGAAAUAUGUACGAGCAACAAAUACUGAGCCUGCGCACCCCAACUACUGAGCUCACGCUCCUAGAGCCCAUGCUCCACAAUAAGAGAAGCCACCACAUUGAGAAGCCCACGCACCACAACGAAGAGUAGCCCCCACUCGCUGCAACUAGAGAAAGCCCAGCAGCGAAGACCCGAUGCAGCCAAAAAUAACAAUAAAUUAAAAAAAAUAUGUAUGACAUAUCAGGAAGGGUUGACUGUGCAGUCCUCUGUAAUAGAGGGGUAGAGUUCACCUCUUAAUUAUGAGAGGCAAAAAUUAUCCUCUCUUCCCAUCUUUGAUUUUUUUAAAGGAUAGCCUGU